AUGGCAGGAUUAAGAUUCUAUGAAUCGAUGAUGAAAUUCUGCUGCCCCAGCAAACGGAAACCGCCAUUACCGAAGACCUUGGAACCUACAAAUAUUCUAAAUAAAACCUCUGGCCCAAUUACCAGUCAGCCGUGCUCAAGAACUACAAAAAUAACCAACCUUAGAGGAAACGAGGUGUAUGCGCUCUACGACUACUCACCCGCUUUGUCCACUGAGCUCGCAUUUCAACGGGACGAUGAGCUUACGGUAAUCGACCAUUUUGACCAGCCCUGGAGAACUGCAAUUAACAGGAGGACCGGUGAACAAGGUCUAAUUCCGCAUAACUACGUGACAAAUGACGCGACAAUUGCUGGUGUUUUGUCAGCUUGGUAUCCAGUUGGUCGAAUUGAAGCAGAGAAAAAACUACUAAUUCCUGGAACGGAAACUGGAACUUUUCUUAUUCGGCCCUCAAGAGGGCCAAUGACCUACGUCCUAUCAUGCAGAACCCUAUGUGAGGGUGUAGUCAAAAUCCGUCAUUUUCAAAUAUGUCGCACCAACGACUCUAAAGACCUUUACAUUGACAAAGCAUUUCCAUUCGCGACUUUGAAUGAUUUACUUGGUUUCUACAAGGAACAUCCACUCAUCGACGACUGCACACUGACAAAACCCUGCUCUCGAGAAAAGCCCCAAACACCAUUCCAUAAAGCCGAAAUAAGUCGCCAAUCAGUACAAAUGAUUCGAAUCAUCGAUAAGGGAAGCUUUGGUGAAGUAUGGCUCGGUCGAAUCCAGAGUGUUGAGGUGGCUGUGAAGAUUCCGCUGGUCACGGCGUGUAGGGAUGAUUUCAUUCGAGAGGCACAGAAGAUGCACACUAUUUGGCAUGCCCAGUUGGUGCAAUUUCUUGGUGUUUGCACAAAACCACAGGAAGAAUCGGUUCUCGUAAUCACGGAGUAUAUGCCAAAUGGAGCGCUGGAUAAGUACUUGCAGACAGAGGAGGGAAGGAACUUGCAACAGAUCGAUCUACUCUCCAUAAUGGAUCAGGUCGCAAAUGGUAUGGUCUACUUGGAGUCAAUUAAAUUGGUUCAUCGCGAUCUCCGAGCUGCUAAUGUUUUCGUGGCCAAAGACGGUCGAGUCAAGGUCGGCGACUUUGGUCAAUCAAAAAUGCUCUCCAUGCCGUCGUCUUGCCCUACUGAUCUCAAAACACCUAUUCGCUGGUCGUCACCGGAGGCACUGAUUAAUGGCAAAGAGGUCACUUCUAAGAGCGACGUCUGGCAGUACGGCAUUUUGUGGUAUGAGGUCUUCUCCUACGGUGGUGUACCCUAUGAAAAAUACACAGUCGAAGAGGCCAUUAGAGCAAUUUGCAGCGGAGUGAUCCUCGAUCCACCUGAGGAUUGCACUUGGAGAAUGUAUGAAUUGAUGAGGUCGUGCUGGCAGCUGGUACCCGAGAACAGGCCAAGCUUUAAGGAAGUAAAACAAAGAGUUGAGUUUAUCAUUGAGUCUCUGGACGGCAAUUACGACCCGACUUGGGCAACUUGCGAGGGUUAG